AUGGCUAUUGAGACACAGAAAUAUGAGAGUCUCCGAACUUCCGAGAAGCGGGCAGCACGAGCAUCAUACGAGUCUUCGUCGACACUAGCAGACCUCGAAGUCCUCCACGACCUUGACUUCCUGCCAGAGAAAGCCUCCAAAUGGCGUGGUAGAAGUCUAUCGGACUAUGUGACAAAGCUAGCAACGUCUCGAUAUAUCUGGCUUCUUCAUACGCUGUUGCUACUCACCUCAUCUACGCUGUUUCUGGUAUCCUGCUACCUACCAUGCACAACACUGAGUCAUGUUCAGAAGUAUUCAGCCUGGUCUCCUGCGGCAGGAGCCGUGGGCUAUGAGAAACAAGUCUACAACAUUACUAGAGACAACAAAUUUGUGGGUGCUGGCCCUGAGGUUGACAAAGCAUGGCGCGAGAUUUCCUAUGACAUGGGAGAUCAAUGGGUACCAAAAGCAGCACUGCCUAAGCUCGGCGAAGAGUCCAGCUUGCUUGUUGAUCACCCAGUGACCGGCGAACAGGGCUACAGGGUUGGAAUGGAAGUCUUCCACCAGCUCCACUGCCUGAACCUGCUUCGGAGAGUCACCUACAAAGACUACUAUGAGCCGCUUGGGGGCGAGUUUGGGAAAGGCCCGGAGGCGUUACAAAGGCACACGGAUCAUUGCCUGGAGGUGCUCAGACUCAAUCUGCAGUGCAAUGCUGACAUUGGGCUCUUUACAUUCUACAUGGUAGAGGGUGAUCCUCUGGCUUGGCCACAGCUGAAUUCGAAGCAUGUGUGCAGGAAUUUUGAAAAAGUUCGUCAGUGGGCAUGGGACAAUUCUGUAGGGAAUAUGGAGGUUAUCGAGUGA